AUGGCAGUAGUUGAACCACACCCCCAACCGGCUCUCUCUGAUGCUAAAUUACGUUUAUCCGCCGGCGGCGAUGUUGAGAGACAGAUCAUGAGAAAAGAGCCCAAGGAGGAGUUGUACUACUUCAUAAGGACACUAUGGGUUCGAGCUGCUGUCCUCGGAGCAAAUUCUGGUUUGGUCUCUUCUGCAUCGUUGAUGAUAGGACUUGGAGCUGUUAGACAAGAGAGCCACGCCAAUAUCAUAUCUUGUUUUGCAGCGGUGAUCGGCUGGAUUGUAGCGUGCGUGUCUGAUUACUUGCAGUUUGACAUUGAGAUGGCUCAGAUCUGGAGGGAGAAGCAAAAGGAAGGUGCAAGAGAGAGCACUAAUAUUGAAGAGAGCAAGAAAUUAAGUCUGCCUAACCUAAUAAACCUAAUAAUAAAGGCGACGAUAGCAUAUGUGAUUGUGGUCUCCAUUGGAAUCUUGUUGCCAUUGCUACCAGCGUUGUUCAUAAGGAAGUAUAAGGUGAUGUUGGGGGUGGUUGCAGCAGGGGUGUCAAGCUUUGCUUUGCUGGUGGUUGGAGUGGUAAGGGCUGUGUUGUGGAGGGCCGCUGUGUGGAGGUCUUGUGUGAGGGUGUUGCUUGGUGGUUGGUUGGCCAUGGUUAUGACCUUUGGCCUCGCCAAGUUGAUUAGUUCCAUUGGAUUUUAGGAAUAGGGGUUUUCACUAGA